GCAUUUGAAUCAACCGGUGCGAGAUCGUAGAUCGCCUUCAUUAGGUCCUUUGAAGAACGCAGGUUUUUUUCCACGAGAUUCUCCACGCUGAUUUACGCUGACGAUGUGAAAUCGUGCCCGACCCAUUGAUUGCUGAGCUAAAGAUUACAUCAAGCAGUUCCUAUAAUUAAGCUUCCAUUGCAGGAAUGAGGUUUUAUCACACCUGCAAGCUCCCAGGAAGAAUUAUGGGGAUCAGACUACUUCAUUUCUCUUCAGUAGUGAUCCUUUUGUUAUUGCUUGUGGCAGGUGCAUUAACUGCUUUGCUGCCCAACAUUAAGGAAGAUAAAAUGCUCAACCUGCGUAGAGAAAGAAAGUCCCAAGGCCAAAUUGCAUCGGAUUCAUUCACUCUCAUUAUGCAAACGUACAACAGGACUGAUUUGCUCUUGAAGCUCUUAAAUCAUUACCAAGGGAUCCCCCAUUUACACAAAGUGAUCGUUGUGUGGAAUAAUGUUGGGGAGAAAGCUCCAGAGGAGACUUGGAAUUCCCUGGGACCUCACCCUGUCCCUGUUAUCUUCAAAGUGCAAACUGCAAAUCGCAUGAGGAACAGACUCCAGGUUUUCCCUGAGCUGGACACCAAAGCUGUUUUGAUGGUGGAUGAUGACACCCUAGUUAGUGCUUAUGAUCUUGUUUUCGCUUUCUCCAUUUGGCAGCAAUUUCCAGAUGAGAUUGUGGGAUUUGUUCCUAGAAAACACAUUCCCAGCCCUUCCGGAAUAUACAGCUAUGGGAGCUUUGAGCUGCAGAGCCCUGUUGUCGGCAGUGGAGACCAGUACUCCAUGGUGCUAAUAGGAGCAGCAUUCUUCAGCAGUGAAUACCUCGAACUCUUUCAAAAGCAGCCUGAAGCUGUCCAUGCCAUGAUAGACGAGACUCAAAAUUGUGAUGACAUUGCCAUGAAUUUCUUAGUGGCCAAACACACCGGAAAACCUUCAGGCAUGUUUGUGAAGCCAGUAGAUAUCCGGAAUUUGGAAAAAGAAAGUAACAGUGGCUACUCUGGAAUGUGGCAUCGGGCAGAACACUUACUCCAGAGGUCGUACUGCCUCAAUAAAUUGGUUAGUAUCUAUGGCAACAUGCCCUUAAAAUACUCCAACAUUAUGAUUUCUCAGUUUGGUUUCCCUAACUAUGCUAAUCACAAGAAUAAAAUGUAAGGAUGCCCUGGGAACAAAUGCUUUCACAUGCUUUUCAGCAAGUUAAAAUGGUAAGCUAAGAAGGGAAUUAGGUAUGCAAGGGAUCUGUAGGUUGCACAAUACUUAGAGCUUGUUUCCUCAAAGGCUGUUUGGAGGUGUGUGAUACCUGGGGGAAGUAUUCCGUCUCUGUGCUCAGCAUGCAAAAGCUUCUUCAGUUAGCUUUGUCAUUUAUCACUAUUUCAGUCAUCAAACCACACUUGCACAAGGACAGAAUAUCCCCAAAAUGCAGGAACCUUCCCAUGGCCAGUAUCACUUAGAGAACCAUGAGAAAAGUUACAUCGCCACCAUUUUUUUUUAAA